ACAUUUAAACGGGCCAACCAAUCACUGACCGAGAUUCAAGCGUGGCAAUAUUACUCAUCGUUACCGUUAAAGACAUCGUUGAAAACAGAAUCUGAACAGAAUUGAACCGCGUCAGUCAUCACUUUCGAAACAAAAUGAGAGAAAUAGUUCAUCUUCAAGCCGGGCAAUGUGGAAACCAGAUCGGAGCUAAGUUCUGGGAAGUGAUCUCUGAUGAGCACGGUGUCGAUCCAACAGGCACCUACCAUGGAGACUCUGACCUCCAACUGGAGAGAAUCAACGUCUAUUUCACUGAAGCCACUGGCGGGAAGUAUGUUCCACGUGCUGUGCUUGUGGACCUUGAGCCAGGAACCAUGGACUCAGUGCGCUCCGGUCCGUUUGGUCAGAUUUUCCGGCCAGACAACUUUGUGUUCGGACAGAGUGGCGCUGGCAACAACUGGGCUAAAGGUCACUAUACAGAGGGCGCUGAGCUCGUAGACUCCGUACUUGAUGUGGUACGUAAGGAGGCAGAGAGCUGCGACUGUCUGCAGGGAUUCCAGCUGACACACUCACUCGGCGGUGGAACUGGCUCCGGUAUGGGAACGUUGUUGAUCAGCAAGAUCCGUGAGGAGUACCCCGACAGAAUCAUGCUCACAUUCUCCGUUGUACCAUCACCAAAAGUAUCAGAUACAGUUGUAGAACCCUACAAUGCAACGCUGUCUGUCCACCAGCUGGUUGAGAACACUGACGAGACCUACUGUAUCGACAACGAGGCUCUCUACGACAUCUGCUUCAGGACCUUGAAACUGACCACACCGACAUAUGGUGACCUGAAUCAUCUGGUCUCCGCCACCAUGUCUGGUGUCACAACUUGUCUCCGUUUCCCUGGUCAGCUGAAUGCCGAUCUCCGUAAACUGGCUGUCAACAUGGUGCCAUUCCCUCGACUCCAUUUCUUCAUGCCUGGAUUUGCUCCACUCACCUCUCGUGGCAGCCAGCAGUACAGAGCACUCACCGUUCCCGAGCUUACCCAGCAGAUGUUUGACGCAAAGAACAUGAUGGCCGCUUGCGACCCUCGACACGGCAGAUACUUGACUGUAGCAGCCAUCUUCCGAGGGCGCAUGUCCAUGAAGGAGGUUGAUGAGCAGAUGUUGAACGUUCAGAACAAGAACAGCAGUUACUUCGUCGAAUGGAUCCCCAACAACGUGAAGACCGCCGUCUGCGAUAUUCCUCCCCGUGGCCUAAAGAUGUCCGGCACAUUCAUUGGCAACAGCACCGCCAUCCAGGAGCUGUUUAAGCGAAUCUCUGAGCAGUUUACUGCUAUGUUCCGGCGUAAGGCUUUCCUCCAUUGGUACACAGGCGAGGGCAUGGACGAGAUGGAGUUCACUGAGGCAGAGUCAAACAUGAAUGACCUUGUGUCUGAGUACCAGCAGUACCAGGACGCCACCGCCGAGGAGGAAGGAGAAUUUGAUGAGGAGGGAGAUGAGGAGGAGGCCUAAAGAUACUGGUGUCAGACUCAUUUCCAACUUAGAUCUUAUCUUAACUUGAACUCAUUUUAACAAUCUAUAGAAGGGAAUUAAGCAAAAUUUGUUGACAAUCGCUGAAACAUGAAUGAACAUAACAAUAAUGUUAUACAUCAAUCCAUUUUAUUAAAUGCUUUAAUGAUGGUAUGUCUUUCUUAAUGCAAUUUAAUCAUAAACAUGUUUAGUUGGUACCAAGGCCUCUUUCGAGUUUUUCAAAUGUGCCUUUUUCGAAUGUUAUAGAUGUGUGUCUGAUGGGUUCUUAAUUCAUUCUUAUGCAUAACUUUUCUAUCUUUAAUAUUUCCAUUUCUUGAUCUUGUUUACCUCAUCUUUUACUCUCAGACAUGUGCAAAUUUGUUAUUGACCAAUAAAUAAAGUGGUUGAAGAAA